ACUUCUAUGGCCCUAUUGAUACAGUGAAGUGAGUGGCUGGGGGAAGGGAGGGACAGAUGGGAUAACCUGGCUCCCCCCCAACCCAUCCUCCUGUUGCCUAAUCUUGUUGGUUGAGUAGAGGCGACUGUAGGGAGGGCAACUGGGCAUCCACCCUUGCUCACACGCUCUGCUGGCACCAUUUAAUGUUCCCAGGCAGCACAUAGGAUAUGGAAAGACUGUUAGAAAGUUUCCACAAGAGGAAUAUGAGGAUGUACGGUUGGGGGUGCAUAGAGCAAUGUCUGCUGUUGGCUGAUGGGAGAAACUUGAUGAGGACCAUUUAAUGCAAACCUGAGCGCCCUCCCACUGUUUGUGCAGCAUCCCAAAUAUAUAAUAGGACAUUAUAAUUUCUCAUAGGAAUUUUGUUGAUAGUCAAAUAUAAGCUAUGUCAACUGAAGCUUUACACAACAGCGGUGUCUACAGCUAUUUCCUGAACAUGGUGGCUUAUCAGGUAUGCUGUUGUUGUGGUCCGGCACCAUGUUCGUUGUGCUGCUCUUUCUGCCCACCCAUCAAAUCAUCAUCCAGCACACGGAUCAUGUACACUUUAUUCCACAUCCUGGCCUGCACUGUUUCAUGUCUCAUGCUGUCUAAGACGGUCUCAGAGGCAGUGAGAGAGAAUGUGCCUUUCUUUAAUGUGGUCUGCGAUGAGGCUCAUGGUGGAGGGAACUGUCAGAUGUUGGUGGGGUACUCGGCUGUCUACAGGGUGUGCUUUGGCACAGCUUGUUUCUACUUGAUGAUGGCAAUCUUUCUGAUUGAUGUCAAAUCCAGUCAGGAUUUUAGAGCACUCAUCCACAAUGGGUUCUGGUUUCUGAAGUUCAUCACCUUGCUUGGAAUGAUAGCUGCUGCCUUCUUUAUUCCCACAGAAUCAUUUGUGCAUGCCUGGCAUUAUGUCGGAGUGGUGGGGGGUUUUGCUUUCAUCCUAAUUCAGCUCAUUCUCAUCACUGCUUUCGCACACACCUGGAAUAAGAACUGGUUAACCGGUGCAGCUGAGAAUAAGAGGUGGUAUGUGGCAGUCAUGUGUGCUACGCUCUUUUUCUACACCAUCGCCACAAUGGCCUUCACUUUCAUGUACAAAUACUACACUCACCCAGCUGGAUGCCACCUCAAUAAAGGCCUGCUAUGGACAAACCUGGCCCUCUGCGCCAUCAUGUCUUUCAUCGCAGUCACUCCCUGCGUUCAACAAAAGCAGCCACGCUCAGGUCUCCUGCAAGCGUCCAUCAUUUGCUGUUAUGUGAUGUACCUGACCUUUUCUGCCCUGUCCAGCCGGCCACCUGAGAAAGUGGAGUAUCAGGGGGUCAACAUGACAGUGUGCUACCCCAAAGUCAGCAGGAAUGAAAUUCAAAAUGAAGGCAAUGCUGUGGCCAUUAUUGGGGCUGCAAUCAUGUACUGCUGUGUUCUCUUUGCAUGUAAUGAGGCUUCAUACUUAGCUGAGGUCUUUGGACCUUUCUGGAUGAUAAAAGUUUAUCGCUACGAAUUCCAAAAAGCCAGCUGUUGUUUCUGCUGCCCAGAGGCAGAAGAUGAGGAGGAGUUUGUCAUCGAUGAAAACAAAGGCUGUCAGAAGGUCAUCCACAAUGAAGCACAACGUGUUGCCUACAGCUACUUCUUCUUCCAUUUCGUCUUCUUUCUGGCCUCCCUCUACGUAAUGAUGACCCUCACUAAUUGGUUCAGUUAUGAGACCGCUGUGCUGGAGACCACCUUCACCCAUGGGAGUUACUCCACAUUCUGGGUCAAGCUGACAUCUUGCUGGGCUUGUGUGGUUCUUUAUCUGUGGCUUCUCCUAGGCCCCCUGUGCCACUGCCAGUCAGAUCGUAAACGCCCUCGCCGCGCCCGCAUCAAGAGACGGACCGCCAACCAACGCCAUGUAGUGUGUGAAUCGGUUUUUCACCUCGAAGGCAAUGGGUCACUCCAGAACUCUGCACAUUAUAAUGAGCACCGAUGCUCCUGCUAAUCCGAUUAGGAUUAAAAUGACCAGCACAGUGAAUGCAAUUUAACAUGGGCAUGAAAACAUUAACCGUGUUUCAGACUGUAUGAGCAUACCUGUGGGGAUGUUCUAAAAAUUGCCAAAAGGAAUAUGCAACGAACUCAAUUUUUGGACAAGUUGGACAUUUGAAAAUUUUGUGAAACUAACAUUUUACAUUAGCUUGCUGUGUAGAUGAUCUUAGAUAUACAUUUUUAUAGAUUAAAGGCGGGGUGCAUGAUCUCUGAAAGCCAAUGUUGAUAUUUGAAUCACCUAAACAAACACGCCCCUACCCCAAUAGAAUUUGGACCUUCUUUUGAUAGACCCGCCCCACACAUACUCAGGCAACCCCAGGCAACGAUGUCGGUUAGUAGACAUGCCGCUUACUGCUGAUUGGCUACAAGUGUGUUUUGGUACUCGGCCCGACUCCCUUUUCCAAAGUGUUUUCAAAAAUCAUGCACCCCGCCUUUAAGAGGUGUAAUGCUUUAUUUCAUUGAUCUGUGGUUUAUAUAUGUGCUGUAAUAGCCAUAUGCUCUAGGGAUGAGCCCCUCCCACUCUCUUAGCCAAUCAGAGGCCACAGGGAGAAAAAGCUAUAAUGACUUAAAAAAAGCGACAACUAGCCUGUUGAGCUUUGAUUGCAAGUUUAUGUUAGUUUUGUGGUUUUAUGUCACUCAUAUAAGUUAUUUUUGUAAAUAUAUUUUUGCCAAAACACAUUCUAUAGCUUAUGAGUGUUUUAUAGAGAGGCUGAACUAUAAUUUAGCAACCACAUCAGGGUAAUAAAAUCAUUUUAGUCUGCUAAUGAGUAAAGGGAACAUGUGCAAAAUAACGACCAAAAAUAAAGAGCAAAACAACAGGUCGUGCAUACCAUAGACCAGUGGUUCUCAAACUUUUUCCGCGUGCGGCCCCCCUUGUGUAUGGUACAUUCCUUUGCGGCCCCUCCAAAGAAAAAUUUUGACAAAAAACUGUUCUAAAAUUUAACAUUUUAAUUAAACAAAACAUAUUAAGUUAUACAAAGUAGUGCUGUUGGUUAGUAGCCUUAUUUUCUUAGAAGAAUUCAUGAUAACUGAAUGUAUUUUAUAAAAUGUCAUAAAACUGGGGCCCCCCUGGCACCAUCUCGCGGCCCCCAGUUUGAGAACCACUGCCAUAGACACACUUAUCUUGUAUGUUGUGAUAAAGCAAAACCUGUUUUAAAGAACACCUAUUUCACUGCUAAAAACAACAUUAUUUGUUCAUGUGGUUUAUGGUACACAUUUUUUCCACAAACUGUAAAUUUUUGUAGCUCCAAAUUUAACUCUCUUCCUGAAAUGCACAAAUUUUAAAAGUGCUGUGCCCCUGAUUGGCCAGCUAAUCUGUACGUUGUGAUUGGCCUGAAUACCUCUGACGUCAGCAGGAAAUGUGACGCUCCUUACCAUGUUUGAAAGAUUCGCUCAC